AUUGCAGGAUCAGUCAUUCACAAACUUUUGCUUCAAUCGGUUACAAGCUAGCCUAGCUAGUUUAGUAAGAACGAAGAGUAAAGCAUUUACUCGGCUACUAAUUGACUUAGUACGUAUAUGGAGUGGAGAAGUUGAGGCUGAAAAAGACUUUAUUUCACUACAGACUACUGUCUUACAAGAACAUAUCAGUGACUAUAAGGAAAUAUUCAGAAUAGUUACAUCAGUUAUCGUGAAAAAAUAUUCAUACCAGCGCAGUUAUCAAUCUGCGCAAACUUUAAAAGCAAUAUUGCUAAUCUAGCUGCCAUGGUAAAUGAAUAUACGGGACCUCCUGCCCAGGAGCUGGAAACAUUUCUACCGAAAGACGCUAAAAAUGGAACAUCAAAAUACAAGAUCACACCGGCCAAGACGGAUGUUGAAUCAGAUGUUGGGCAAUCUUUCGAUCCAUUCAAAGAGCGAACAUUGGAACAUCCCACCACAGAUGGAGAAACGCUAACACAUUUACUAAAGGCCUCGCUUGGUACCGGCAUUUUGGCUAUGCCAAUAGCUUUCAGCUAUGCUGGUCUAGUCGGAGGAAUAAUUGCUACAAUUUUAACAGCAUUGAUCUGUACACACUGCGCGUAUGUGUUGGUCAAAUGUGCCCAUACUUUAUACCAUAGAAACAAAACUACCAGCAUGACUUUUGCAGAAAUUGCUCAAACUGCCUUGGAAAAUGGUCCACAAUGGGGACGUCGGUGGAGUAAAUUCAUACCCCAAUGUAUAACUUAUGGUCUGUUUGUAACAUACUUUGGAACAUGUGCCGUUUAUACUGUUAUCAUCGCGACCAAUUUCCAGCAAGUAAUCGAGCACUAUUUAGGAUCAGAAGUAAAUCUAAGACUCAUGAUAGCCUUACUGUUGGUGCCCUUAAUAUUGUUAUCGUGGAUUCCUAAUUUAAAGUACCUAGCGCCGGUUUCGAUGAUCGCCAAUGUAUUUAUGUGCGUUGGUUUAGGAAUAACUUUCUACUACCUGGUCACUGAUAUGCCACCAUUAGCUGAGAGACCACUUUUUGUUUCUCUCAUGAGCUGGCCUUCAUUCUUCGCAAUUGUGAUAUUUGCUAUGGAGGCGAUCGGUGUUGUGAUGCCUUUAGAAAAUCAAAUGAAAACACCACAAAACUUUAUUGGAAUUUGCGGCGUGCUGAAUCAAGGAAUGGGUGGUGUCACUUUGAUCUACAUUCUAUUGGGAUUCCUAGGUUACGUUCGUUACGGAGAUCAGGCGCUCGGAAGUAUUACUCUAAACCUACCAGUUGAGGAACUGCCUGCGCAAGCUGUAAAAAUCUUAAUUGCACUAGCCGUCUACUGUACAUUUGGUCUUCAAUUUUACGUUUGUUUGGAUAUCGCUUGGAUUGGCAUUCGCGACAGAUUCAAAAAGAGGCCCACCCUUGUAAACUACACAAUGAGAACCAUUCUUGUUACUGCUGCUGUCCUGCUUGCCGUUGCCGUUCCAACAAUCGGACCAUUUAUUGGACUAAUUGGUGCAUUUUGUUUUUCAAUUCUCGGUCUCCUCAUACCAAUUUUAAUCGAGAUGGUAACUUAUUGGGAACAAGGCUUUGGGCAAUUCAACUGGAUAAUUUGGAAAAAUAUUUUUGUUUUCUUUUUCGGAGUAAUUGCCUUGAUUUUCGGAUCGAAGAGUUCAAUUGAAGAUAUAAUUAAACUCUAUGUUAAGUAGACUGAGUAGCAUUACGCAAUUUCAUUUAAUGACUUAAAUAUCGUGUUGUUGCAAUAUUUUAUACAAUAAAGCAGGCACAAAAAGCGUCUGCUGGGAAUGCAUUUCAUGCUUAUGUACUAUAUCCUUUUGAUAUGAGAUAUAUACAUGUUUAUACUGCUUUUCGUAACGACAAUUCUCGCAAACAAUAUUUUGUUUUCUUACAAGAAGUGCUUUAUGUGCAAAUGCAUGCAGAAAUCAGGACAAGUGCCUCAUUUUAUUCUCUUAAGGUAGAUCAACUAAAAACUACUUAAAAUCGAAAUUGUUUUAAUGGCAAUGAAUUGAAUACACUUGUAUUGGAGACUGUUAGGUAAAACGCAUAAGAAGGAUCAUCUGUCUCAAAAAAUAGGGAAUACGGGCGGAUAACUCAUACCAUUCAACAUGUGUCUAGGGAGGAUGACACAAAGUAACAUUACUGAUAAGUAUACUAAGCAUUAAUACCGCAAAGACAGAUUGCAGUUAUAAGAAAAUUAAACAUCAAUUCAACGUGAAUCGUACCUUUUAUAUGCAAAAUUCUUUUUAUAAAAGAAAUCAUGGAAUCCGCUUUCCACACCCAUACAAGUAACAUUUAGCAAUUUACAUAGUUAAUACAAUUAAUAUAUAAUUGCAUGCAACAUUUAACAAUCAAAUCGAGGAGACAUUACCACUUAGCCUGAUAUAUGAUUAUUUCACCGGCCAACUAAAAUAAUGUAGGCGUAGAUCACGAAUUAUGUAAUAAUUGGUGAAUGACUUUUGAGGUCAAAGCACUAAAUAAAUAAAUGUAUAGUGAUUUAGUAAAGUUUCAUAUGUUUUCAAUAAAA